AUGUCGCAAACUUAUACUCUCAACAAUGGAACGAAAAUCCCUAGUAUUGGAUUUGGUGUUUGGAAAACACCUCCAAAUAUCACUGAUACGGUAGUAGAACUGGCCCUGGGUUUCGGAUACAGACACAUUGACACUGCAAAGGCAUAUGAGAACGAGAAAGAGGCAGCAGAUGCAAUUGCAAAGUUCCUCAAGGAGAAUAAGGAUGUCUCUAGAGAGGAUAUUUUCUAUACGACCAAGAUUUUUACUGAUGACUUCGGCCAUGAAAAGACCAAAAAGGCUAUAGAGAAAGCGCUGGAGGCCGCAUCAUCUAUUGGCUACAUUGAUCUCUUAUUGCUACAUGCACCUGAACGACCAGCUACAGCCCGUCUAGGAGCAUAUAAGGCACUCCAAGAGGCUGUGGAAGAAGGAAAAGUCAAGAAUAUCGGUGUUUCCAACUACGGAGUAUCCCAUCUUAAGGAGCUGUUUGAAUGGCCGGAAUUUAAAAUCAAACCUGUGGUCAAUCAAAUCCAGAUCAACCCAUGGUUGCAACAUAACGACAUUGUUGACUACUGUGCGAAAAACGAUAUUUUAAUCGAGUCGUAUUCCCCUCUACUUCGAGGAGACGGGCUCAAUAAACCCGAGUUGGUGGACCUGGCUAAGAAAUACAAAGUUGACAGUGCACAAAUCCUGAUCCGCUGGAAUCUCCAAAAGGGAUAUCUUCCUUUACCAAAAUCAGCCACUGCCUCUCGUAUAAAGAGCAACUUUACAGCUUAUGAUUUCGAGCUGUCGCAGGAAGACGUGGACACCCUGGGUGACAAAAAUGCCUACGAGCUCGCUGAGGGCACCGCCUGGGACCCGACCAAGUGGGAUUAG